AAUGUAGCAUUAUUUACAGUCAGCGGUUGGUUGUUCUGACGGGUAGCUGACUGUAGCAGUUUUGUUGUGGUUGUCGGUUCUUCUUGAUCUGCUCGUCCAAUAUAAUAAAUAUCGGUUUUAACCGGAGAAACGGUGCUAUGCUGUUUGAUUACAGCUCCACAUAUUCUGCGCAACACAUUUUCUCCUGAUCUGAAAUCAUUUGAAGCUAAGUGUGAAUGCAGAAUGCUGGAAACUGUGACGGUGAGCUGGUUUAUUCAGCACGGUAAUAUCACUGUACCUCCAGCUAUAGAGAACACAUCAAUUUUGCCUACAUGGCCGUCCGAAGCCAACAUCAGCCAGCCACACAGCUGCCUACGGGUGCUGUACGAAGACAUUAGCACCUCCAGGGUGCGCUACUGGGACCUGCUGUUGCUCAUUCCUAAUGUGGCCUUCCUGGUGUUCCUAAUGUGGAAGCUUCCAUCAGCCCGUGCGAAGAUUCGCCUCACCUCCAGUCCCAUCUUUAUCACCUUCUACAUACUGGUGUUUGUAGUGGCGGCGGUAGGAAUCACUCGUGCUAUCGUCUCCAUGACUGUGAGUGCAUCCAGUGCAGCUGUCCUGAUAGACAAGGUGCUGUGGGAGAUCACUCGCUUCUUCCUGCUGACCAUCGAGCUCAGCGUCAUCAUACUAGGACUUGCAUUUGGUCAUUUGGAAAGUAAAUCCAGCAUCAAACGCGUGUUGGCGAUAACAGCAGUGUUGGCUCUGGCUUAUUCAAUUACACAGGGUACACUUGAAAUUCGGUACCCGGAUCAGCAUCUGUCUGCUGACGAUUUCAACAUCUAUGGUCAUGGGGGACGACACUUCUGGUUGGCCAGCUCCUGCUUCUUUUUCCUGGUUUAUUUUCUGAUCGUCAUCCUGCCUAAAACUCCCAUCAGAGAAAAAAUAUCAUUACCAUCUAAAAGGAGUUUCUAUGUGUACGCUGGCAUCUUGGCCGUGCUAAACAUGGUGCAGGGACUGGGCAGUGCUCUACUCUGUGCAAACAUUACAGAAGGCCUGUGCUGUGUCGACGUCACUACAUUCCUCUACUUCUCCGUCUUCGCUCCUCUCAUCUACGUAACGUUCCUUAAAGGAUUUUUUGGUUCGGAGCCAAAGAUCUUGUUCUCCUACAAGACUCAGACAGACGAGCCGGACGAGCCUGACGUACACCUGCCUCACACUUCCUCCGCCGGCCUGGGCAGCAGGAAAGACUUUGAGCACAGUUCCUACUCAAGCACCCAGAUAGACACCUCGGGGGCUUACCUAGAUGACGUUGUCUCUGGCCCCUUUGGAGCAAGCAACAGCAUUAACAGCAUCGACAGCGACCGAUGGAGGGCUAUUAAUACCUAAAAUCGAGAGGACUGGCCAAAACUGGCCUAGACAGUAAUGAUGGAAGCCAUUUAUCUUUUCCACGUAUAACAGCAUUCCUCCGUCAAAGCAUUGAGUUGGCUUUGGAUUUGAAAACAGGUUUUUUUUUUGGUUUUUUUUAUAAUUCAUAACAUUUUUAAAUAGCCAUAAACUGUUACAGGGCCCAAUUAUUCUGAUAGAAGGAAUUGCUAAUGCCAUAGUCGCAAAAUUGUGACUUGGUGUCACUCUGUGUUUGCAUUUUUGAUGACAGUGUGCAAUGAUUAUAUAUUGUGCUGCCCUGAGCACAAAUGUGGUUCCACCAGUCCUUGGUUUGAUUAUAUUUUAUUUAUUUAGCUUGUUAUGUAUUCUUUUAAACUUCUUUUAAACUAGUUAUCAUUCCAUCUAGCAAACAUCAAGCAGCAUCUACAGAGGAUCACUACAUAGGUAAAGCUCAAAGACUGGCCUGUUGAUGCAGUGAGCAAAUGCUGAUUCGGUCUUUUAUGUAAAGAAAGACAGAAACGUGCUUUAAUGACCAAAAAUGUAAAUGAGUUUAAAAUAUUGAUGGUAUUACUUGUGAAUUUUGUAUUUAUUAGUGAAAUCACUGAACUUAUUGUCAAACUAACAACAUGCCCGAGACUGAGAUUUAAAAAAAAUCUUCUAUUUAUCCAUUUUUCCCCUGUUCCACCCAGUCCAGUCAUGUCCAAUUGGAGCUUAUCUCUCUCAUACAUCGACCGCUCAGCAGAGGAUCCUUGUCUAAGCUAUUGUCCCUCCCUCUAUGGACACACAGCCAAACAUGUGUCUGUGUAGCCACUCGGACUGAAGUUUCAUCUUGUGUAACCAAAUAUCAGCUUUGAUCCAUCCAUACAGCCUGCCUUGUCGAUUGUAUUAAAUGUUAAAUAUUCAAGCCAACCUGGCAAACUAGGCUGCAUGUACAAUGAAUUUCCGACAUCCCUCACAGGGCACUGUACCAAGACAGUCACGCUAUGCUCUACUUCUACAAACACUACAUCCAGGCAACAAAGGUUGCAUUUGCAAUGAGGAAAAAUCGUACUUAACCUUUCCUCCGUCAUACACAACUCAUUGUGUAUGUUGAGAAUUCGGCAAGGCCGGUAGCACCGACACAACUGCAACUGGAGCUUGAACCAGUCCAUCGGAGGUGGUGGGCUAAAGUAUUAAUCCACUGCACCACCCAAGCAGUGCAUUGUUAGCGUAAUGCCAUCGUUCUAAACUUCUGUCCAUGUGGUGGCUUUUGUGAUGGCAGCAUCAUGCUUUUCUCUGGACCACUAACUCUAACACUUGAUGCUUUUAUUUUUAAACAGACCUUGCUAAGAAGUAAUGAAAUGCCUUUUUUAAAUCUAAAAUACAUUUUUCUUAAAAUGUAGAGGUUAAAAUGUACAGGUUACAUUUGUUUAAUCAGGUUUGUUUCCAUGAAUUGUAAUGAUAGUGUUAAUGAAAAGGUUAUUUUUUCAUGAGUGUAAAUAGCAAAAUGCCUAAACUGUACAUUGUAUUGCUUGUAAUCCACCGUGUUAACUGUUGCAGUUCUCGUUGCACUUAUUAGCAUCCCACAUCGCUGAUUAAUAUUAGUAGCUCCACACAAGUCUCUGCUCCAGCAGUGAAGGUAUCAGUCCUGAAACUCGUGCUUUGACUCAAAUUUUGAGUCAACAUGCUUGGGUUCAUAAAGAGAAGUGAUUCAUUGUACUGUUUAUGUGUCUAACAACAAGAAAGGCUGUUUUCUGUCUUGUAUAAAUAUUCAAAAUACACUCAUUAGAGACAUGAUUGUGUAAUAAAACUGUUA